AUGUCCCUUGAAACCAGGCUUGAAGAGGCAACUCUGAAACAGGAAAUGUACCAAACUGAACCUUAUGUUCCAAAAGGCAAAGGGCACAUGGUUGAAAUGGAACUACAGGAACUGGAGCAGGACACGACAUUGGAGGAAGGGCCAUGCUGUUCAAAGGACCUUUCCAAGGCAGUCAAAAAGGAAACAGAUAAGGACAUCCACCCUCAAAUGCAGUUCCAAGCUCCCAUGGAAAAUGAUUUGAUGGUCAAAACAGCUAUCUCAAAUAUAAUGAAAAGCCAGGUAAUGGUGUCUCUUGAAGAAGCAAUGGCCAUGUCCCCUCAGAUUCAGAAACAUCUGUUCCAGCAGAUGCAAUCUCAGAAAGUACCUCAAAUGGCACCUGUAUGGAGCACAAUGGCCACUAUUGAGGAAAUUUUGACAGGAGCAGAACCUGUAAUGCAUACGGAGGAGCACAAAAAGCCAGCACUCUCAAGAGGUAUUAUCACAGCUCCGGAGGUUGUCAGAUUGAGAGAUGUUUCCAUUGAACUCAGAGACACUGGUUUUUGA